AUGCCGUUACACUAUAUCAUCAGCCAAAAGAACCGUAAACAACUUAUGGUGAAAGGAUACAUCUAUAAUUUUGAACGUGCUAGUGCUGAGAAAAGUAUUUGGAAAUGUGUAGAGUAUUUUACUUGUAAGUGCAAAGGGCGAAUUCACACUCAAGAUGAUAAUAUCAUUCUUGAAAAAUCUCACGGGCAUCCUCCAAAUGCUGGCAAAAUUACAGCGAAAGAGAUUAUGAGUUCAAUUAAAGAGCGUGCGGUAACAACGCAAGAAUCGACACAUUCUUUAGCAGCAGUUGGUACAAUUGGUCUUCCUUGUGCUGUUUCGGGGCAUAUACCACCAGUGGAAAAUAUUAAAAAAAUUAUCAGAUAUGCUCGACACGGAGAAAUGCCAUUGCAUAAUCCUAGAUGUCUUGAAGAAUUAGUAAUCCCAGAACAGUUUUCAAAAACACUAAAAGAAGAGAAAUUUUUGCUGUAUGACAGUGGAGCGCAGACAGACAGAAUUCUAAUUUUUUCGACCCUCAGAAAUCUGGACUUCAUGGCUGAAUGUCCGAACUGGUUUGCUGAUGGAACUUUUAAAGCAACACCACCGCUUUUCAGUCAGAUUUAUACAAUCCAUGGUGUUAAAUAUGAUAAUGUGAUACCUUCAGUGUAUGUAUUAAUGCCAAACAAACGCGAAGAAGAAACAUACAAUAGAGUGUUUACGGUGAUAAAAUCUUUGAAACCGAAUCUGCAGCCCAAAACUGUAAUGACUGAUUUUGAAAAGGCUGCCAUAAAUGCCUUUACAGAUUCCUUUCAGAAUAUCAUUCAGAGAGGAUUUUUUCUUUUAAGCCUGUGUGUAUGUGUGUAUAGAAAGUUUCAGUCUGCAGGUUUGCAAUGUAAAUAUGAAAAUGAUCCGAGUCUCAUUUUGGAAAUCUCUCAGCUUGCAGCUUUGGGUACGUUCCUCCUUCAGUAG